GGACAAUUCAGAACUUGCUUUCGUCUUCUCUCCUCGAACAGAUUUCCCACAAGGGGCGAGUCUCAGUGAGGAAGAGACCCAUGGCGAGCGUCAUGAUACGCCACCAUGUCGAGGCCGCCGCUGGAGAUGCGGCUGCAGUACGUACGUGUCUAGACAAGUGUUCUUGAACCUCUUAUGGCUCCUUGUCUAGGGUACGGCUUCAUGCACUGUUCCACUCUCUUCAUUCAAAUGCAUUCUCUAAGAUGUGUCUCGAAUGCUCCCAUCUCACGGUGGACGCGAAUCCUCUCCUCCUGCAAGGCAAACACCACAACAGAAGGCCAUUCGCAUAUAUCCUGCUCCUCUCUCUCGUCAUAACCAUAUCGAUCCCCUCUCUUCGUCUUCGAAUCCACUCAACAAAGUCGCUGCAGAAACAGGGCAACACACGUGCACGUCCGAUAAAUAAUGACUGCACUUCGAUGACUGAUUGUACGUGUUGUAUUCAUUUUUGGCUUCAGCAAGGGCCUCAAAGAACGCUUGCAUGCCCGCUCCCGUUGCAGCUGAUACACCCACCGCCUGUGUCCCGCCACAUACAUUUGUACGCUGUUGCCACACAUCGGCUGGCACAACAGGAUUACCCUCAGAUUUCUAUAGAACUCCUCGAGGACGAGACUCAUUGAGCGGCUCAAGCUGCGUUCACGAGUGCAUCGCCAGUUACACUCCAGUUUGACAUACGCCUGUGCUCAAGUUCACCUUGCUAGGUAUGUGAUGUCAUGGUGGAGAUCGUCUCUGUACUUCUCGGGGUUGUUCAUCCAAUCCAGCGCGAACGAGUGCGAUUCGACGUCUGCAAACAACACACGCAACCUGAAGUUUAGCUUGCAUGUCCUCACACAUUUUGUACCGAUCUUGUUGAAGCAGAGAACAAAAGGCAGCCUUAUCUUGUACAAGACACUGAGUUGCCGCACGGACACGAGAAUGAGGGGGCAGCUGCCCAUAGGUGUGCGCAUACGAGCGGCAUACCUGCAGGCAUACAGCAUGUUUGACAUGAAAGUGACCGGCCUGUUGCUCCUGGGGGUGUCGACCACAUAUGCCACGAUGGUUGGAAAAGCCAGUGCGAGGGUCUCUAGGGAUGACACAGCCGGAUACGCUCGCACAGUAGGUACAGAUACUUCCAGCACACAUGGACAUGCAUGAAACUACGUUGCCCACCAGUAAUGAUAGAUCCACUGGCAGACCUAGAUGGAGAAAAUACAUGCAACAAGAUUAAAGACGCUCAACGAUCGACAAAUAACAGAGGGCUCCGAUACCAGUUGAACGCUUCGAUCUGUCCCGGCGUGUCAAUGACAACGUAAUCCAGAUUGGGUGCACGAGUUUCCAGCAAUGAUAAGACCUGGUCAAACCUGCAACGACGCCCACGGAACAUCUGCGGUAGGUGCCUUGAACCCUGGUACUUAGUGGAGAACAGAUUCAAGCUCGUCAGAAUGGCGCCAUUCGGACCCAAAUGAUAGCUGCAGGAAAGAAGGGGCUCAGAGUCAACUGGCAUUGUUGUCUUGUUUUCUCACUGCUUCAUGACUUCCUUGUAUUUGACCGUGUCACGAAUGUCUACGCAAUUAUACUCCAAUAAAGCAACUCUCGGUAUCGCGGAGCAUAUAGUACCUAUGUUGGCUGUGUACGGGACAUCCACAGCCUGCACAGAAGAUAGCUAAAAGUGGUGACAAAGAGCCUUCCUCGUUAACUACCGCUGGGUCGAGGUUGAUCGUGUACACGCGCUGCCUUCCCUCUCCUGACAGAUGCUGUGACAGCGCAUGGAGAAAAGUUGUCUUCCCACUUCCAGCCAUGCUGCAACAAAACAUGACAAGCAGACGAAUGCAUUCAUGCCUCCUUCGACGGUGUAGAGAAGACAUUGUACCACCACACCGACCCGAUAACCAGAACGACCGUCGGUGAGUUCGUCGACCGAAGGGGCGAAGAGGAGGCGUCCCUUUCUUCCAUGCCGCGGUGAUUCGGGGGAGUUGUCCGCAAAUUGGGCUAGUGCCAAUUUCCGCGAAUUGGGCUAGUGCCCAAUUUGCGUCUUUAAGAAACAACGCGUCCGGUCAGACAAAACGUUCGAUCACGAUCGUAUGGAAGAGAAAAGAAAUAUCGAUAGCGGUGUUGUGUUGGGGCGAUGGACGGGGCUGGGGUGUUCUCAUCGAAUGAGUGAGCAUGACCUAUGUGCAUAGGCAUAUGUGGAUAGAUUCAUCGGGACGGUGUGUGGACAAAUGAGUGCAUGGAUGCGAUCGGUUAAUAGCGGUGUUGUGUUGCUCGCACUACUACAGACACGUCAAUCUGUCGAACAGCUUCGUGUUUUUUUGCCACGUUUGGAUCAGUGCGUCAAACUGAUGUGCCCUAAAGCGGCAAGUUAUUGAAAAAGCUUGGCGGUCAGGCCGUCUAGGGUGCUUCCUGAAACCGCUGCUGCCUGAAAAAGAUCGCGCUUGCUUCGCGGAGAAAGUCAACGAACAAGGGUAUCUCUGGGCGCGAACUUCUUAAAAAUGCAUCAACUGACUGAACACACGAAACGCGCCAGUUUGUGGUGGAUGGGAUGUUUCUCCCUUGUCCGGUCAUGCAGCUGGUUGAGCUUGGUCCUUCUUGGGUGCCUUUUCGCAGGUCCGUCAGUGCGCAUCAACUUUGUCGAGCUUCUGGCCGACUAUCGUGUAGUGGAUAUGCUUGCAAGACUCCUCUCUGCAAAUGCGGUCACCAUCGACUGUCUGCUGCUUCCCGCUUGGCGCCGCAGCCUCUUCUCGCCGCUCUCGAAGUCAUCGAAGAGGUGCAGGAGCGAAUCGACUGUCGAGCCUUCGAUAGUAUCUGCAGCUACGCCGGUAGGUGCUGCCAGACACAGCCAGUGUCGGCAUUGCAGUUCAGCAAAGUAGGCCUUCACGGCUGCUUUGAUGACGUGUGUUUUGCCAGUGCCGCCCUCGCCGGUCAGGCACAUGCGCAAUGACGCGACGUAUUUGUUGUCCCGCAGGUCUUUGUCGUGGUUCAGCAAGUGGCUGCAGAUGAUUUGGAACGCCCGCAUCUGCUCUUUGUUCAAUCGGUCACGGCUCGCCCACUGAACAGAGAAGAUCCUGUCGUCGACCGUCAGGCGGCUUGAAUGCGGACGCCGGCUGCGCCAGCAGUCGAGUGAAGUCGGCAGCAUUCAUCGAGUGACCACCGUGUGUGAAGAGAUUCGACUCGAAGAGAAGCUACUCACUCAGAAGGCUUUCUUCAUCUGACGUGGCGCGGCUGUGGCCAUUUCAUUUACCUUGUUGCGUUGCUGGUGCAGGUCAUCGUUGGGCUGAUCCUGGCGGCUCCCAUUUGAUUGACAAGCCGAUUGAUAGUCAUCGAAGGCAGUCUUCAAUAGCCCCUUCAACAGGCGCGCUAGAUUGAUACAUGUCUAUUGAUAUCAUCGCUGGAUAUCGAUAGGUUCACAUCCAAUUGCAUCCAGCCAUGCAUUGAUAUGCUUCGCGAAGCACGUCUUCAACACGAGCGCAGCAGGAGCGGCAACAUGGGGGGUGUCUUUUGUUCUUGGUGCAGCCCUCUGAGUACCUGCAUGUUAUCGCCACAUCUGUCUUCACGUCUGUCUUCAAGAUCUGUAUGUUUUUCAAGCUCUCGCCAUUGUUGUCUGCAUGUUUUUGAAACUCUCGCCAUUGUUGCAUGCGUCUCUGUGACGCUGCAUUGAACCACCACUUCGCACGCUACUUUCCACCCCCGCCCAAUUCGCGGCCCGGGGUGCCCACGCAGUGGGUGCCCCUUACUCGGAAUGCGUCUUUAUGAAACAACGCGUCCGGCAGACAAAACGUGAUCUUAUGAGAGGAAAAGGCAAAUCAGUAGCCGUGACAUGUUGCUUCUACAUGCUAUGGACACGGCAAUGCAUCAAAGAAGCUUUGUGUUUUUGUGUUACGUCUGGACAAAGUGGGCAUGUAGCGUGCCUGCCUUCGGGCAGGCGUGUCCGUAAAACAGUAAAUGCGAAUGUUUAGGAAAAACAUGAAACCAGACGGGUUGCCAUAUUUUUUUUCCUUUGUUCGGCUGCCGAACGACAUGCGAAUGGCAUCAGAAGCGAGAGCAUGCUGUCUAGUUUUGCUUAACCGAAACAGCUCUCACAUACACUGGCUGGCCACCUGGAGAUGGGCGGUAUGUACGUAUGGAGUCAUGGUGCACCACGCACGCACGCACGCCGCCUUCAGGUUGCUGGGGUGGCGCGUGUGCCACGUAGUGUGCCUGGUUGCCGUCGUUCGCAGCGCCUUGCAUUUGCACCUGCUUGCUGCAUCUGCCCUCUGCGUGCUGCGUGUUGCGUGUCCGUGUUGCAUGUUAGGGUGCGUGUUUUCAUGUUGGACAGACCAUAGGGGACGUCAGGCCGCCUAGGGUGCUGCCUGAAACCGCUGCUGCCUGCACGCAUCGGAAUUCCACGAGGAAAGAACCCCGCCUUCGUGUUUGGACUCAUAGAUCAGGUGUCUGGUCGACCCCCUUCAUUUCAACGUUCAUAGGUGAUGAUCACUGAACGUUUAACUGUCUGGGCAAGUGAUGAAAGGCUGGUAACACAAAAACGAAUCCACACAGGAUCAUACUCUGUCCAAACGAAUCAUCGCCAUCCCUUUUGUCCUCAUUGGGUGCCUUUUCGCAGGUCCCUCAGCGCCGCAUCGGCUUUGUCAAGCUUCUGGCGGUUGACAAAAGAGAUCUCGUCGACUAUCAUGUAGUGGACAUGCUUCGAACAUGCGGUUAUCAUCGAUUGUCUGCUGCUUCACCGCUUGGCGCCGCAGCCUCCUCUCGCCGCUCUCGAAGUCAUCGAAGAGGUGCAGAAGCGAAUCGAUGGUCGAGCUUGUGAUGUUAUCUGCAGCCACACCGGUAAGUGCCGCCAGACACAGCCAAUGUCUGCAUUGCACAUCAGCAAGGUGAGCCUUCACAGUUUUGGUGACGGUCUUGCAGGUGCCGCCCGCACCGGUCAUGCGCAAUGGCGCGAUGUAUUUGGUGUCCCUCAGGUCUUUCUAGUGGUUCAGCAACUGGCUGCAGAUGAUUUGGAACGCCCGUAUCUGCUCUUUGUUCAAUCGGUAACGGCUCGCCCACUGAACAGAGAAGGUCC